CUUUCGCCUCCCGGUCUCGAGUCUAUAGAAGGGGAAGCUCGCGUCUUGAUCUUCUCCAUCUCCAGCGAAAGAUAGCACGCUUUGUUCCGACAUCUCAGACUGGAAACUGCGAUCUGCCCCCAUUCCUAUGAUAUAUAUAUAUAUAUCCCAGUCUUCUCCGAUCCUGGCCGUCCGAACUCUCGCCACAGGUUGCUUGUGCUGCUCUCACAGAGAUGUCAUCGACGUAUGUCUUCUUGUUACGAAGGAGAUUCUUCACACCAUUUGGAGCGCAAUGCUGUACAGGUCACAGGCUGUUCGUGGCUGUAAGUUCGGGGGGAUUUCGGCACUGUUCCUGGGAGUUUUUUCACUGUUCUUCUCGGCGGAAGCGUUCAACGCUUAUACUUUGCAAGUCAAUCAACACGCUAAGUAGCACCACUCGAUCCAGCGUUUGGAUUAAGCUCAAGCAAUCUAGUAACUCAAGCCCAGUCAAAGCACGCUGCCGAUAGCUCCAAAGUUUGCAAAUGGAUGGAGCAAACUCGACCGGGGCGAUUUGGCGUGACUUUGCACACAAAUCUACGGGAAGGGGACGAGCUCUUUGGCAUCACUCGCGAGAUCUAGAGGCCGACGACGCAAGAUUGUCCCCAUCAGUUUUUUUGGGAUUGUUGGUGGAGAACGACGUCGAGCCUGUUGUGACCGUCGUGAUCCAAGCGAGCGUCCAAGCCCGUGAUCUAAGCAAGGUUCCAAACUCUUAUAAUGUGGAUCCAAAACUUUGGAGUCCUGCCUUGUUGGUCUCUAAAUCCAAAACAAGGAUCAAAGGCUGGACUGGUCAAGGAUGGAUGUUCUUGCCGUUUUCUCCUUGUUGCUUCUCCAUGGGAGAUUUUCUUA